AUUAAGUGAAAAUCAUUUCUUUAUAGAGACACAUUUGUAAGAUAAUGGGUUCCAAUGUUUCAUCUGUGAGUGAUGUUCCUUCAUCAACGGAAACCAAGAAUGGUUUGGUUGUGGAAGUCGAAACAAGAAGACAAUGGAGAUCUCUCUUUGAUUCCAUGAAAGGGUCAAAUAAAUUGCUAGUGAUUGAUUUCACAGCUGCAUGGUGUGGACCUUGUAAAGCAAUGGAACCUAGAGUUAAGGAGAUUGUUUCUAGGUACCCAGAAGCUGUCUUUGCGAGGGUUGAUGUGGAUAGAUUCAUAGAUGUGGCUGGAACAUACAGAGCAAAUACACUUCCAGCUUUUAUUUUUGUAAAGAGAGGAGAAGAGAUUGAUAGGGUUGUUGGAGCCAAACCUGAUGAACUUGUGUACAAGAUUGAAAAACAUAGGGUCUAAAAUUUAUCUAUUUUUAAACUGAAGAACAAAAGAUUAUACCGUUUGAGUUUUGAUAAAAAAAAAAAGAUUAUACAUUUGAGUUUUGAUUAAAAAAAAAAGAUUAUACAUUUGAGUGUUUG